CGGGCAAAACCGUCCCGAGCGCGGAGGGGGGAGGUUGGGCGGGCGCGAAAGUAAUUCCCCCGCCGCUCCUCGCCGGGAGCCGGGCUCCCUCCGCACCGUUAUAUCCGCUACCUGGUGCCUCCCUCGCCUCGCCGCUUGCCUCCCUCCUCCGCCUAGCGGUGCCUCCGCACUCCGCCGCCUGUCCGGGACCGUUACACGCUGCCUUCCCCCACACGCCCCGCGACCGCCCCGCCACCGCUGCGGGGAGCGGGCUCGGGGGGCCCCCCCCGACCGCGCCGCCGCCCUCCUGCCCGGGCAGGGACGCCGAGCCCCGCGGGGAGCGGUGGGGUAGCCUCCGCCGCCCGGCCGGCCUCGGCAGCCCUAACUCCGAAACUUGUUACCUGCGCGCCCCGGCGGAGCGGGGCCUCCCCGCCCGCCUCCCCCCCGCCCCGGCCCCGCCGGCGGGAUUGCCUCGCCGCCCGCCCGGGAGUGCCUCUCUGCCGCUCGCCGGAGUUCCCCUCGCUCCCGGCCGGCGCCGCGGGGAGGGCUGGCGCUCGCUUUUCGGGGGGCGGCGGUGGGGGACUCCGACCGCCACCCGGAGAAGGGGAGGGGGCACACCCGGGGAGAGCUGCUGCGGGCGGUGGGGGUGGCACCGUGGCCGCAGCGGGCAGCGAUUCGUGCGGGGGCAGCGCGGCGCGGCCGCCCCGGGCCGGCGGGAGGGGGCCGGCGCCCCCGCCGUCCGCUCGCCGCCUUCGCCGCCUCCUCCCCACCGAGAGUUGGUCCUCGGCGGCGGCCGCGCUGCUUCCCCGCCCUGGGUCCCACCGGGGCGGUGGGGAAGGGAGGGCUGCUCCCGGGCGGCGGGGGCGGGCGGUGAAGUUUCUUCCCUUCCCUCUGGCUUCGGAGUCACCAACUAUAAUAACGUGGUAGAAGCGAACUCAGAUUCUGAUGAUGAAGAUAAAUUGCAUAUAGUGGAAGAAGAAAGUGUAACUGAUGCAGCAGACUGUGAUGCUAGUGUGCCAGAAGAUGACUUGCCAACAGACCAUACAGUAUUACCAGAAAGCAGUGAAAGAGAAGGGAGUACAAACAGUUGCUGGGAAGAUGAAGCUGGAAAAGAAGCAAAGGAAAUCCUGGGGCCUGAAGCUCAGACAGAUGAAGUUGGAUGUACAGUAAAAGAAGAUGAAUGUGAUUCUGAUGCAGAAAAUGAACAAAACCACGACCCUAACGUUGAAGAAUUCCUUCAGCAAGAAGAUACAGCAGUUAUCUAUCCUGAAGCACCUGAGGAGGACCAGAGACAAGGCACACCAGAAGCUAGUGGUCAGGAUGAAAAUGGAACACCUGAUGCGUUUUCCCAGCUGCUCACCUGCCCGUACUGUGACCGAGGGUACAAGCGGUUCACCUCUCUGAAGGAACACAUCAAAUACCGCCACGAGAAGAACGAAGACAACUUCAGUUGCUCCUUGUGCAGCUACACCUUCGCCUACAGGACGCAGCUUGACCGCCACAUGACUUCGCACAAAUCAGGAAGAGAUCAAAGACAUGUGACGCAGUCCAGUGGUAAUCGAAAAUUCAAGUGCACUGAAUGUGGGAAAGCUUUUAAAUAUAAACAUCACCUAAAGGAGCACCUACGAAUCCACAGUGGAGAGAAGCCAUACGAGUGCCCAAACUGCAAGAAGCGUUUUUCCCAUUCUGGUUCCUACAGUUCCCACAUCAGCAGUAAGAAAUGUAUUGGUUUGAUGCCCGUGAAUGGUCGAGCCCGCUCAGGGCUCAAGACGUCUCAGUGCUCCUCCCCUUCCCUUUCUGCAUCGCCAGGUAGCCCAGCAAGACCACAGAUACGACAAAAGAUAGAAAACAAGCCCUUGCAAGAGCAACUUCCUGUUAACCAAAUUAAAACUGAACCUGUGGAUUAUGAAUUCAAGCCCAUAGUGGUCGCUUCAGGAAUUAAUUGUUCGACCCCUUUGCAGAAUGGGGUUUUCAGUGGUGGUAGCCCGUUGCAGGCAACCAGUUCUCCUCAGGGUGUGGUGCAAGCUGUUGUUCUACCAACAGUAGGUCUGGUGUCUCCCAUAAGCAUCAACUUAAGUGACAUUCAAAAUGUACUUAAAGUGGCAGUGGAUGGUAAUGUAAUAAGGCAAGUAUUGGAAAACAAUCAUGCUAAUCUUGCGUCCAAAGAACAAGAAACAAUCAGCAAUGCAUCUAUACAACAAGCUGGCCAUUCCCUCAUUUCAGCUAUCAGUCUUCCUUUGGUUGACCAAGAUGGGACAACCAAAAUUAUCAUCAACUAUAGCUUGGAGCAGCCAAGUCAACUUCAGGUUGUUCCACAAAACCUGAAAAAAGAGAACUCUGUUCCUGCAAACAGUUGCAAAAAUGAGAAAUUACCAGAAGAUCUUACAGUGAAGUCUGAGAAAGAUAAGAACUGUGAAGGAGAGACCAAUGAUAGCACUUGUCUUCUUUGUGAUGAUUGCCCAGGAGAUCUUAAUGCACUUCAAGAAUUAAAGCACUAUGAAACAAAAAAUCCUCCUCAGCUUCCUCAACCCGGUGGAACAGAAGCUGAGAAGCCCAGCUCCCCUGUCCCAUCAGAAACUGGGGAGAACAACUUAUCUCCUGGUCAGCCACCCUUAAAGAACCUUUUAUCGCUCCUAAAAGCCUAUUACGCAUUAAAUGCACAACCGAGCGCAGAAGAGCUUUCGAAAAUUGCAGAUUCAGUAAACCUGCCCCUGGAUGUGGUAAAAAAGUGGUUUGAAAAAAUGCAAGCUGGGCAGAUUUCUGUGCAGUCUUCUGGACCGUCUUCUCCUGAACAAGUUAAGCUAAGCAGUCCUGCAGGUAACGACGAUCAGGCAGCGGCUCCAAACGCCAGCGAGCCCCCGAACGGCACAGCUAACCCGCAGAAUCCUGGCAGUGCAAUCAAAUCCGAGGCUUUGCCAGGGGAAUCGGCUCUAAAUGGCUCACGCAGCAGCACACCAUCCCCGUCGCCACUAAACCUUUCCUCGGCCAGAAAUCCACAGGGUUACGCGUGCACGGCAGAGGGUGCACCGGAAGAGCCGCAAGUCGAACCUCUUGACCUUUCGCUACCAAAGCAACAAGGAGAGCUCUUGGAAAGAUCUACCAUAACUAGUGUUUACCAGAACAGUGUUUACUCUGUCCAAGAAGAACCUUUGAACUUAACUUGUGCAAAAAAAGAACCACAAAAGGACAACAGUGUUACAGACUCUGAUCCUAUUGUAAAUGUUAUCCCACCAAGUGCCAAUCCCAUAAAUAUUGCUAUACCUACAGUCACUGCCCAGCUACCUACAAUAGUUGCCAUUGCUGACCAGAACAGUGUCCCAUGCUUGAGAGCUCUUGCUGCCAAUAAGCAAACCAUUUUGAUUCCACAGGUUGCUUAUACGUACUCUACUACAGUUAGUCCAGCAGUUCAAGAAACGCCUCCAAAACAGACCCAAGCCAAUGGAAAUCAGGAUGAAAGGCAAGACACUAGCUCAGAAGGAGUAUCGAAUGUAGAAGAUCAAAAUGAUUCUGAUUCAACACCCCCAAAGAAAAAGAUGAGAAAGACAGAGAAUGGGAUGUAUGCCUGUGAUUUAUGUGACAAAAUAUUCCAGAAGAGCAGUUCAUUAUUGAGACACAAGUAUGAACACACAGGUAAAAGGCCUCACGAGUGUGGAAUCUGCAAAAAAGCCUUCAAACACAAACACCAUUUGAUCGAACACAUGCGACUGCACUCUGGGGAGAAGCCCUACCAAUGUGACAAGUGUGGAAAGAGGUUUUCACACUCGGGGUCUUACUCUCAGCACAUGAAUCAUCGCUACUCCUACUGCAAAAGGGAGGCAGAAGAGCGUGACAGCACGGAGCAGGAGGAGACAGGCCAGGAGGUCCUCAACAACGAGCAUGCUGGUGCCAGGGCAUCCCCAUCGCAGAUUGACUCAGAUGAGAGAGAGAGUUUAACCAGGGAAGAAGAGGAAGAGAGCGAAAAAGAGGAAGAGGAGGAGGAAGAAAAAGAAAUAGAAGGACUUCAGGAAGAAAAAGAAUGUAGGAAACUACAAGAAGCAGAGGAUGAAGAAGAGGAGGAAGAAGAAGAAGGGAAAACUGAAGGUAACAAGAAUGACGAAGCUGUAAAUGAAGCAAGCAAUGCAGAACCAGAGGUUAUACAGAAUAAUGGGCAGGUGCCAGAAGAGAAAAACAAAUGAAGCUUAAAUGAUCCUUUUUUUUUUUUUUUUCUAUAAGGAAAAACAAAACAACACCAAGUUGGUAAUGAAGUUGGUUCUAUAUUAUACAUGCUUUUCAUGGAAACGCAGUAGCCUGCAUACUGUGAUUUCUGUUCACUACUGUGUAAAAAAAAAAAAUAUAUAUGUAAAAAAAAAA